AUGCAAGAUUUAAAUCAUGAUUGUAUUCAUGCUUUUUUGUCAAUCCAUCUUGGUACAAACAGUACUAAACCUGUUGGAGAUUGGCAACUACUUCCCUAUUGUAUUCGACAAUCAAAUUUUGAUCAUAGUUAUAAAUAUAGCCAAUCAAUGACAAUAUGUUAUGGUAAAAAUUAUACAUUUGAACAAUUAAAAUUAUUAAAUAUUAGUGGGAAUGAUUUAUUUGAUUUGAAUGCAUCUAUUGAUACAAUUAAUCAUUAUAAUAAAUAUUUAUAUUUUAAUUUGAAUCAAACUAAUGAAAAGCAAUAUUAUUGUCACUGUCGAGAUCAGUGGUUUGAUUGGAGACAAAUAUGUAAUGGUAUUAUUGAUUGUUUUAAUAAUAGUUUAGAUGAAGAAAACUGUUUAGAAUUAGAAUUAAAUGAAUGUGAUAAUCAAACAGAAUAUCGAUGUCAAAAUGGUAUGUAUAUACCAAAAAGUUUUUCAUUUGAUACUCGUAUAUCAGAUUGUAUGUAUGGGAGUGAUGAACAAUUUAUGGAUGGAUUAAAUGAUAAUUAUUAUAAAAAAAUAUCAGUUGAUAGUGAAGAAUAUACAGAUCUGACUGAUGAAAUUUAUCCUGGAUAUUGUAGAGAACCAAAUGAUAUUGAAUGUCUAUUUUUACAAAAAGUGGGUGAUGGUAGAAUUGAUUGUCUUGGAGCUAUUGAUGAACGUACAAAUUAUUGUUCUCAUAUUACAAAUUUCUUCUCAUUUAAAUGCUUAGAUAGCGAUGAAUGUAUAAUAACACGUUUGAUUUGUGAUGGACACAAAAGUUGUCCAUUAGCAGAUGAUGAACAAGUUUGUUCAUGGCAAUAUCCUUCGAGAGAUUGUCAACGGAGCGAAUUUGUUUGUAAAAAUAAAACAUGUAUUAAUAGAUCAUUACGAUGUGAUUUGAAAUUUGAUUGUCUUGAGGGAGAAGAUGAAUGGUUUUGUGAUCUUACAGAAAAAAUAUUGAUUAAAAUACCAUCAUUUGAUGGUUUUAAUCAAUAUCCUUUAACAUAUAAUAAUAAUAAUCAACAUAAAAUAAUAAUAAAAAAUAAUGUUAAACAGUGGCAUCCGUAUAAAGGAAAUAUGUCAGAAAUGUAUUUAAUUUGGUGUUGUACUCGAGGUAUUUUGAUAGAAACUCAUAAUAUAUCUGAUUUUAAAUGUUCAAUAAAUAAAUUAUUUCAAAAUAGUACAAUCCGUUAUUUAUUGAAAAUUAAACAAUACUUCUUUAAGGGGGUCCACCCUUCCUAUAUGUACCUUUAAACUUUGUCAGUUUAAAGAGGAGACCUGAUUAUAGUCUUUGUUUCCUCUAUCUGAUGGAUACACUAAACGGAGGGUAUUAGUUCAGACUAUUGCAAACAUUGCAUCAUCUAUUACGGAUCAAAAGACAGUUGGUUCUGUUCAGAGCCAGAAGGCUUGUGAUAAUAAUCAGUCAACACUUGUCCUGUCUUUUGAUCCGUAAUAGAUGAUGCAAUGUUUGCAAUAGUCUGAACUAAUACCCUCCGUUUAGUGUAUCCAUCAGAUAAAGGAAGCAAAGACUACAGAAACAACAGCUAAAUGAUUUCUAAGCUUCAGCUCGGUAGUAUCUCUGUUACAUCACCAAUUUAAUGUAUUUUAGAUUUUAGACAAAACGUUCUUUCUCCUUAGAAAGUUGGUCCUUUUCAUCGUGUUCAUUAUUCUUCGUUUUAUUUUUCUCCCUAUGUAGCGUUUUCCAGGAGCUUCGAAUCUGCACAUUCAAACAGCUGGAUUUUGCAAAGCCUCAAAGAGGAGAAAGUCGAUGUAAGGCUCAAAGAUUGAUUUUGCAUUGUGCAUCUAAUACUGGGUAAUAAGCUUUUCAAUGGUUACAAAUUGCGUGUAUUAUCGUCUUUUAAUCAUCCAACUCAAUGAAAGUGGUGAACAAAACGUUCUUUCUGCUUAGAAAGUUGGUCCUUUUCAUCGUGUUGAUUAUUCUUCGUUUUAUUUUUCUCUUUAACUUUUUAUAUUGGAAAAAAGUACACUUACAAAUUAUUGUCUUAAAAAAAGUUUUUUUCAAACGUUUUUCGUCAGACCAUAACAACAGACCAUUAUCUUUCAAUCAAUGCAUAACUGACUUUUCUACGUUUUUUCUUGACUGAGUUACAAGUUUUUUAAAAUGAGGACUAGGACUUUAAAUUUUAAAUUAAAAUUUAAACUUAAUUAAUUAAUAACUCUGUGAAUAGUUAUCAGUUCAUCGAACGAACUUAAGGAUAUAUGUAAUCAGGUCUCCUCUUUAAACUGACAAAGUUUAAAGGUACAUAUAAGAAGGGUGGACCCCCUUAAAGAAGUAUUGUUUAAAAAUAAUUGAGUAUAACACUGCUACAAAAAACAUAAUCAAUUUUUAACAAAAAUCAAUUUAUGGUUUAUUCAAGCUUUCGAUAAGAGACACUUAUCAUCAUCAGGAAAAACAGAAAAGUGAAAUACAAUCUCUCUAUAUAUAGUAAGAGUGGUAAUUAACAGAGUAUAGAUAGAGAAGGAACAAGAAAAAGCUAUUAAUGUGAUCACUAAUUGAUAGUACAUUAAAAGAAGAAGAAAAAGAAAUAGAUAGACAAAAGCUAAUAAUCUGAAAAACUCUGUAUUAAACUUCAAAAGUGCAAAUGUGAUCUUGAAUUCCUUCGUCUUUGCUUAAUCUAUCGUCUGACACCUACAUUCAUUAAGAUUAACCUAUGGAAGAAACGAAUAAAAUUUACUCAAGAAUAUUCUAC